GAGUUCUUUUCUACGUUUGUUUUCUCAUUUUCCUCAUAAGUAUAGUAUUUAUGUAAAGAUGAUAUGGCGCGCCGUGAAACUGCUGAUAUGUACUAUGAUAAAGAAAAAGUAUCUAAAUGCUUGGAAGAUGAAUGGCAAAAUAUAUUGUUGUUAAUUGAAGGAUCUCUAAAAUCUUAUUCUGCUGGUAAAGUUUCGCAACCUGUCCGUGCUGCUGUGCAAAUAAAAGAACAUGAUGGGCUAUUAUUAGCAAUGCCAGCUUAUGAUUCUGAAUUGGAUUCUUUAGCUACAAAAGUAGUAACGGUUUUCCCGGAGAAUAAGAAGAAAGGAUUGAGUUCUGUGCAGUCGGUUGUGUUAUUAUAUAAUGCUGCUGAUGGGAAACUGAAAGCUGUAU